CGAAACGGACCAAUCAGCAUUCGCCAUCUGGGGAUAAAAUUUCCACGGAGACCAAACACGGAUCGAAUUUAAAAACAAUGAAAUUUAUAAAUUGAAAUAAUCAGUGUUUGAGUGCAAGUGCUGUGGCUCUAAGAUGUUUUUGUAACUAAAUACAAAAUAAUUGAAUUUGAUGAAUUGUUUUGAUAAUAAUGCAAUUUGAUAAAAAGUAAAUGUUAUAAUUGGAAAUUAAUAUGUAUCUCAUAAAAUUCAUAUUACUUAAUGUGUAUUUGUCCACUUUGUGUUCUGCUGGAAGGGACUUCUAUAAAAUAUUAGGCGUUUCAAAGUCUGCUACUUUACAUGAAAUCAAAAAAGGGUAUAGGAGAUUAGCUAAAGAAUUACAUCCUGAUAAGAAUCAAAAUGAUCCUGAAGCAUCUCAAAAAUUUCAAGACUUAGGAGCAGCUUAUGAAGUUCUCUCCGAUGAAGAAAAACGAAAAAAGUAUGAUAGAUGUGGAGAAGAUUGUCUUCAAAAAGACGGAAUGAUGGAUGGUAGCAUGGAUCCUUUCGCUAGUUUUUUUGGCGAUUUUGGUUUUCACUUUGGAGGAGGUGAACAAAGACAUGAAACCCCCAAAGGAGCUGAUUUAGUAAUGGACAUAUUCGUUACAUUGGAAGAUUUGUAUAGUGGUACUUUCAUUGAAAUAACGAGGAAUAAACCUGUCAUGAAACCAGCCAAGGGUACCAGGAAAUGCAAUUGUAGGCAGGAAAUGAUCACUAGAAAUUUGGGGCCUGGGCGUAUCCAAAUGAUGCAACAGACUGUGUGCGAUGAGUGCCCUAAUGUCAAGUUGGUUAAUGAAGAGAAGAUACUAGAAAUGGAGGUAGAACCAGGAAUGGUUGAUGAGCAGGAAACUAGAUUCAGGGCUGAAGGAGAACCACAUUUGGAUGGUGAUCCAGGAGAUCUCAUUAUCAAAAUUAAAACUCAACCACAUUCUGUGUUUGAAAGGAGAGGAGAUGAUCUAUACACUAAUAUCACCAUUAGUUUACAGG